AUGCACGAGACGGUCACUCUCUCGGAGCCACAGCAACAACAGCUUCACGCGAAGAAGAAGAAAUCAGAACAACAACAAGAAGAAGAGAACGACAUCGAGCUUGUAGUGGUGCCGCCGCCGCCGUGCCGGCGGCAGCCUCGUACGAGGCGCGUGUCUCCAGGCGCGGUGGAGAAAUCGCUUCCGAACGGCGACAUCUACAGCGGAAGCCUAUCGGGAAAUGUGCCUCACGGCGCCGGAAAAUACCUCUGGUCGGACGGAUGCAUGUAUGAAGGAGAGUGGAAGAAGGGAAAAGCGUGCGGCAAAGGAAGGUUCUCGUGGCCUUCGGGUGCGACCUACGAGGGGGAAUUCGUGUGUGGUAAGAUGCACGGUGAAGGCACCUUCGUUGGCGUGGACGGCGACACGUACCGAGGCGCGUGGGUUUCGGAUAGAAAGCAUGGGUUCGGGGAGAAAUGUUAUGCUAAUGGUGAUGUGUAUGAGGGAUGGUGGAGGUGCAACUUGCAGGAAGGUGAGGGGAGGUAUGUGUGGAAGAAUGGGAAUGAGUAUGUAGGGGAGUGGAAGAGUGGUGCUAUUUGUGGGAAAGGAGUGCUGGUGUGGAAGAACGGGAACCGUUACGAAGGGUUUUGGGAGAACGGGGUUCCGAAGGGGAAGGGGGUGUUUACGUGGCACGAUGGGAACUCGUGGUCGGGGAAUUGGGGGUAUGAGAAUGAGAAUGAUGAGAGGGAUGUGAAGAAGAGGGUGUCAAUGGAUGGGUGUAAGAGUGUGAGUUUUCCAAGGAUUUGUAUUUGGGAACUUGAUGGAGAAGCUGGGGAUAUUACUUGCGAUAUUGUUGAUAAUAUUGAGGCUUCUAUGUUUUAUAGGGAGGGUAGUGUGUUGGAGAGUGGUGGUGUUGGGGGGGAUGGGGAUGCUGGUUUUGUGAAGUUGCAGAGGAGUCCUUGUCGUUCUGUUGAUGGGGAUGUAAAGAAACCGGGUCAUGCUGUUUCUAAGGGGCAUAAGAACUAUGAUUUGAUGCUUAAUCUUCAACUGGGUAUUAGGUACUCUGUUGGGAAGCAUGCUUGGGUGUCGCGAGGGCUUAGGCCUGGGGAUUUUGAUCCCAAGGAGAAGUUUUGGACCAGAUUCCCACCCGAAGGGUCCAAGUUUACGCCUCCGCAUCAGUCUGUGGACUUCAGGUGGAAAGAUUACUGUCCCAUGGUGUUCAGACAUCUAAGGGAAUUAUUUGCCAUAGAUCCUGCGGAUUACAUGCUUGCUAUUUGCGGCGAUGACACACUUAGAGAGAUGUCUUCUCCUGGUAAAAGUGGAAGCUUCUUUUACCUCACUCAAGAUGACCGGUUCAUUAUCAAAACCUUGAAGAAGUCUGAAGUCAAGUUGCUCAUCAGGAUGCUUCCAAGUUACUACCAACAUGUUUCUCAGUACAAGAAUUCCCUGGUAACAAAAUUCCUGGGCGUUCAUUGUGUCAAACCUAUUGGAGGUCAGAAGACACGGUUUAUUGUAAUGGGCAAUGUAUUUUGUUCGGAGUAUCGGAUUCAUAAGCGGUUUGACCUCAAGGGUUCUUCUCAUGGUCGUACAACUGAUAAACCCCAGGAGGAGAUUGAUGAAACUACCACGCUUAAAGACCUCGAUCUUUGUUUUGUCUUUCGCCUGGAACAGUCUUGGUUUCAAGAGCUUAAAUGGCAACUUGAUAGAGACUGUGAAUUCCUAGAAGCAGAGGGAAUAAUGGAUUAUAGUUUUCUGAUUGGCCUUCAUUUUCGUGAUGAUUACUCAGUUGACAAAACAAAAAGUUCAUCAAAGUUGUGUUUAGGUAAUGUGGGACCUUUAAUUCGUCUGGGAACAAACAUGCCUGCCAGAGCUGAGAGUGUGUGUAAAGCUGGAUUGGAUCAGCACACGGGUACUGGAAGUAGCAAUUCUAUCCAUUCAGAGAGUGGUGGUGAGGUCUCUGAUGUAAUCCUCUACUUUGGUAUCAUUGACAUUCUCCAAGAUUAUGAUAUUAGCAAAAAGCUUGAGCAUGCAUACAAGUCACUACAAGUGGAUCCCUCCUCCAUCUCAGCCGUUGAUCCCAAGCUAUACUCCAAAAGGUUUAGGGAUUUCAUACACCGAAUCUUUGUGGAGGACAAAUGAUAUGCUUGGGGAGACAAUUGAAAUUGAAACGGGACCAACUUUUGUUUGGUGCGACACCUUGGCAUCAGGAUAUAUUAGUGAAUGCUGCAAAUGUUGGUGAUUUGAAGUUUAUACAGAGAUAUUGGUAUUAAAAUUAAAUCCGAGUUUUGGAAGGGAGGCCUUGCUAGUUGAUGGCUAAAUUUUUCUCAUAGCCAUUGCAAAUGAA